CCGGGUGCCCACUGCGCAUGCGCCAGAAUCGCUGCGCUUUGUGAAUGGCCCCGUAGUCUUGUGAGACCUGUCAAGUGUCUGGACUCCCUGGUCAUCUCCUGUACUAUGUCCGCAGUCUCUGGUCAUCUCCUGUACUAUGUCCGCUGUCUUCUGGUCAUCCCCUUUACUAUGUCUGCAAUCUCUGGUCAUUCUCCUGUAGUACAUCUGCAGUCUCUGGUCAUCUCCUGUACUGUGUCUUGCAGUCUGUGGUCAUCUCCUGUACUGUGUCUGCAGUCUGUGGUCAUCUCCUGUACUGUGUUGCAGUCUGUGGUCAUCUCCUAUACUAUGUCCACAGUCUGUGGUCAUCUCCUGUACUAUAUCUGCAAUCUCUGGUCAUCUCCUGUACUAUGUCCGCAGUCUCUGGUCAUCUCCUGUAGUAUGUCCGCAGUCUCUGGUCAUCUCCUGUACUAUGUCCGCUGU